CGGCGGCGGGCGGGCUGGCGGCCAUCUUGGCGAGUCGGCGACGGCGGUGAGAACGAGGCGGAGAAGCAGAGACCGAGAGACCGAGCCCAGCACCUCAUCCGCCGUUCCCAGCUCCAGCAACUCCCUGCUUUUGAUCGACAGAAAACCACAACACAACAACGAGGAAGAAGGAAGUGGAGAAUAAGGGAGCAGCGCCAACAGCGGACGAGCUGGUGGCUAGUUCUGGAAGUGAUCUAGGCCUUUUCAGACUCGAUGAAUUUCCAUCGAAAUGUCCGAUAGGUCAGGCCAGAGCACAAAGGCAAAGGAUGGGAAAACAAAGUAUGCCACACUCAAUCUUUUCAACACCUACAAAGGAAAGUCAAUAGAGACCCAGAAAAAUGCAGUUGCAGCUCGUCAUGGGUUGCAGAGCCUGGGCAAAGUGGCCAGCUCACGGCGUAUCCCUCCUCCUGCCACUCUUCCCAGCCUCAAAGCAGAGAACAAGGGAAAUGAUCCCAAUGUGAACAUCGUACCAAAGGAUGGCUCAGGAUGGGUCACAAAAUCAGAACAACAGGAAGAAAGUGUUGUCGCAGAAGUCGAAGUACAAGAACCGCCGCCGCCACCGCCAUCGCCACCACCGAGUGCAGAUCCCCCAGUCCCAAAAGCACCAGAGGUGCCAGUUGUGAAAACAUGGGCCCAAACAAGUAGCAAGCACACUGGGCAAGGAGAUGGAAUCCAAAGUUUAAACAGUCACUUCCAGCAUGAGUUCCCAAGCCUGCAGGCAGCUGGGGAUCAAGAAAAAACUGCAAAGGAGCAGCCUGAUGAAGCCCAAGGAUCUGCACCCAGUUUACGUCCACAGUUUGUUGGAGGGAAAUUGGUGCUGGAGCAAGAUGGAAAACCUGUUAAUUCAGAUAGAGCCGCUGGACUAUCAGGAGUGAUUGAAUCUAUGAGAGGUCUUGAGAAAGGUGCUAUUCGAGAAAAGGCGCUGCCCCCGACUCGGAUAAAUGGACAGCUGGUUAUCCCACCCCCACCACAAUUUAGAGGAAUAUUGCCACCGUUUAUACCUCAUGCAUCAAAAAUGCAAGGGCCACAUCGAUUACAAUACCCUGCAUCAAAUGCCAGGAACCAAAGUGGUUCCGCUAGGCAAGCAAAUUCCCAGUGGGCUCAAGACCUCCAAGAAAGACCCUCCAUUGUCAGUGCAACCGGAAUGAAGGAACUUGAUAGCCUGGACACUGAAACAGAUGAUGGCUGGGCAGGAGCCCAGUCUGAGGUGGAUUACACCGAGAAACUAAACUUCAGCGAUGAGGAAGAGGGAGGGUCCUCAGAGCGGCACAGAAGAGAAAUUUGUGAUGGACAGGUCCGCAAUGCAGAAACUUCAGGCGCUGAGACCCCGGAUGCCCAGAAAAAAACAGAGGGUCCUGUUGCUAAAGAUUCAGUGGGUGACCACACAACAUUACAAACCGGUCCACUGUCACCGAACAACAUCUCUUCAAAUAGAGGCCCACCGCCUGAUCGCCAGGAUUUGGGACGAACAGCAUUGCAAACUGCAGCACGGGACUUGCGUGGACCAGCAAAUGUUCCUCUCACUCAGAAACCAGCUCCCCCGCCUCCACCUCCUAAUCGUCAAAUUGGGCCAGUAAAGCAACCCCUCAAACCUCCGUUACCCAGUGAUGGUGAUGAAGCUUGGAGACAAAGAAGAAAGACGUCAAGUUCUGAUGUUUCUGCCGCGGUUGAAAGGGCCAGAAAAAGGCGUGAGGAGGAGGAGCGGCGAAUGGAGGAGCAGAGGUUGGCAGCUUGUGCAGCAAAACUCAAAAAACUCGAUGAAAAGUUUGGAACUCUGUCUAAAGAUAAAAAGGCGAAGGAGAUAGAAAAAGAGAAGGCAAAACAGAAAGAGAAGGAACAACAGGAGAAAGAAAAGAAGGAAGAGCAGCAACAAAAGGAAGAGAAGGAACAACAGGAGAAAGAAAUAGAAAAGGAACAGGAAAAGAUAAAGGAGCAGCCAGAAGAAUUGGAAGAGAUUGAAAGCCAUCAACAAAAGGAAGAGAAACAGUCAGAGACCACAGAAAAGGUAGAGAAACAAGAGCAAAACGAGGAACAACCAUUGGAGAAGGAAGAUGAGAAGCCACAGGAACAAGAGACUGAAGAGGUGAAGGAAUGCCAACAGGAAAAGGAAGAGGAGGAAAAUACCGAGGAAAGAGUGGCUGAUAUUGAAACAUCGAAGGAAGAGCCAUCCACUGUGUCAGAUGUUUUCGAAGAACAACAAACAGAAAAUGAAAACACCACUCAAACUGAAUCAGAUGGUGCUUCUAAACCUGUUGAUCAGCCGGACAUUACUCUCACUGAGAAAGAGCCCGCUCAAACACCAAACGAUGUGGAUGUUGACCUGGCAUCCCAAACCCGGCCGGCUGCUCCCACGGGCUACUCAAAGCAGUUCCAGAAGUCAUUGCCACCACGAUUUCAGCGACAGCAGGAGCAGAUGAAGCAGCAGCAACAUUGGCAGCAGCAGCCAUCAGGCAUCCAUCAACAGACGCAGUCCCAAACUCCUGUUCAGUCUCAGACCCAGGCCAAAUCUCAGCCUUCUGGAGGCACUGUACCUCCACCACCUCAGCAUAGGCCUAUAUAUCAAGCGCCCUUAACUCCCCAUCACCAGCACUUGGCUUCCAUGGGAUUUGAUCCACGUUGGAUCAUGAUGCAGUCCUAUUUGGAUCCGCGUAUUAUGUCUGGAAGGCCACCAAUGGACAUGACACAAAUUCACCCUGGUAUGUUAUCAACUAAACUAAUGAGGAGAGAUCAAAUCGACAGUUCGGGUUCUGGAUCCGAAACAUUUGACCAUCCAUCACGACCUGCCAGAGAUCACACCAUUCAGUCCACUGAGCCCCCGAUGGUGUGGGGAUCAGAGUCUUAUCCUCGUUCUGAACCACAGCAAGUUACCACUCCUCCACUAGAAGUGGAAGAAAGCAAAGAUUUAAGGUCUGAGGUAGUUGUGGAGCAAGAGAGAAAGAAGCUUGCCUACUCCACAGAAAAGAGGCAGUUGUCACCACAUUUGAAGCAGGAGCACUUCAGGGACAAGACGAACGAUGAAAAAGGGAAGUUUACAAGCAAAUCGUUGGAAGAUAAGCAAUCCAUUCAGGUUGAAAAAACAGCUGAUCUAGGGAAAUUGGAAUCUGCGAAUUCUGAUGUGAGCCAUGGCUCACAAGAGGAGCCAACAUUACAUGUAGAGGCCCGGACAGUUUUAAAGAGGAACCUGUCUCACGGGUCAAGUCAUUCCCUGAAGGUGGAGGAUCAGAAGACGGAUUCUCUGCCAAAUACAGUUAAAACACAAAAUCGGAGUGCAGAGUCAAAAGAUCACGUAGACAAACCUGAUGAAAAAUCAAAAAGAGAAAGACCCUAUGAAGUGGUGAAGGCCGAGAAGACAUUUAGGAGAGAAAGAGAGCCAAGGUAUGAUACGCGUUGGGGCCCUAGACCUGGUUCCAGUAGGAGGGAUGAAGGCUUUAUGAGACCAGUGAGACGGUCUGGUCCGAUCAAAAAGCCUAUUCUGAGAGACAUGAAAGAAGAACGUGAGCAAAGGAAGGAAAAAGAAGAACGUCAUUCCAUUCCAAUAAAAGGCAAUAAAGCUGUAAAAACUGAAAGGAGAGAGCCAUCGCAGCCAAAUAAAGUAGUCAUUAAACCCGAAACUGAGAAGUCUCCUCAGGAUAGUUCCGUGUCGCUGGUUAAGAAGGCAGUCCAUGAUCCAAAGCCGUCAAUUGAUAAAAACGAGACGCCGCCACAAGUUGCAACAGUUAACAAAACAAACAACAAUCAAGCUUUUUCAAACAACAACCAAGCGCCAAAAGAUGAAAAGCAAGAGAAAACACACGUUAAACAUCAGGUCCCUGAAAGACACCGAAUUGACAACCGUUUUCCCAUCAGGAGAGAUUCUGGUUUGCCCCCGCCUAACUACCGGAAAGAUGUUAGGGAACCACGUGACUGGUAUCCAGAACCGUCAUAUAGGGGAAGAGGUCGUGGAGAAUUUUACUCUCGAGGGCACAGCUUUAGAGGUUCCUACAAUGGCCGAGGGCGCGGAGGAAGGGGUCGUAGUAGAGAAUAUCCUCGUUACAGGGAGCCGAGACCAAGGUCUGAAAACGUGUCUAAUGUUUCUUUUCGGCAAAGGGAAGAGAGUGAGACGCGUAGUGAUAGCUCUGAUUCUGAGGAGGUCCCUAAACGUCGCAGACAACAUGGGUCUGAAACAGAUUCCGAUACUGAAGCUCAUGAAAGUGCAAGUGAAACAAUUUCUGACAAAGAAAACCCAUCCAAAGGGAAGCGCCUAAAGAAAGACGGCCGGCCGGAGAUUAAGCCUGUUCAAAAGUCUUUUAGAUCUGAAAGCAAGGUGGAUUUGAAGGUGGAUAAUAGAUCAUCUGAAAAGCCUGCCUCAAAAGAUGACGACCAAAAGCCAAGACCAGGGUUUCUUCCCCGAGGCGAACCCUCAAGACGUGGCAGGGGUGGGAUGUUUCGAGGUGGUGGCAGGGGUGCGGGAGGUCGUGGUGGACCAAGGUCUGCGGCAAUGAGGAAGCCAGGGCCUCCUAAUUCGAUGUGGUCUCCGCGGAUGGAGAUUCCCAGAAGAGAUGAAGGAGAAGCGAGAAAAGAUCAUUUUGAGCCACAUCCUUUUGAUAGGAGACCGAUAAAAUCGGAGCGCAAGUUCGACCACAACAGAGAACAGCUUCGUAAGCAAAGGCCCACUCGGCCACCACGACAGGAUAAACCCCCGAGAUUCAGGCGUUUGAAAGAAAGAGAAGCUGCCGCUAAAGUGAAUGAGACCACGGCACCGAUACUAAAUGCAAACUCCCACAGUAAUGUUCAGGAACGACCAAACUCCCUGGAGUUGGCUGGGAGCAAGUCGCCAGAUUUAUCCAAUCAGAAUUCUUCGGAUCAGGCGAAUGAGGAAUGGGAAACGGCUUCCGAGAGCAGUGACUUCAAUGAGAGGCGCGAGAGAGAUGAGAAGAAAACGGUUGAUAUCAACUUGCAGGCUACAGCAAAGUCUGGAGAGAGCAACUUCCUUCCAAAGAGAGAUACUGCAAAGAGAAGCUUCUCCAGCCAACGGCCAGGAGCAGAGCGACAGAAUCGUAGAAGCAAUAGUGGAGCCAACAAGUCUAACAGAAACUACUCUGCCAACAAAAAUGAAAGACGAGGUGGACUAUCAUCAAAAACUGGUAGAAGAGGGCCUUUUGAAGAGAGAACAGCAAUGAUUGGUAUUGAUCCCACCAGCAGUAAUAUGGCUCACCAUCCAGUGGAAAGUAGCAACACAGGCUCAUCUCCAAAGUCUACUAAAGAUGCAACUGGGAAGAAAAGAGAAGAGUCCAAAUCAGCUAAAAAACCAAAAGAGAAGCCUGAUGCAUUGUCGCAGUUUGACUUGAAUAACUAUGCUAGUGUGGUGAUCAUUGAUGACCAUCCAGAAGUGACAACGGUUGAAGACUCCCAGUGCAACACCGUCGAUGAUGGGUUCACUGAAGUUGUGUCUAAGAAGCAACAAAAACGGCUGCAGGAUGAAGAACGCAGAAAAAAAGAGGAGCAAGUUGUACAGAACUGGAGCAAAAAGAAUCCGAGUGAGAAGGGAAGAGGUCAAAAUUCUAAAUUGCCUCCACGAUUUGCAAAAAAGCAGCAGCAGGUAGCACAACAGGCCCAGGCUCAGACCCCUACUUCAGUUCAGUCACCGGCUCAGCCUCAGCAACAGGCUGUUGCUUCAACCACAGAUCCAGUUCCUGAUUCAUCACCUGAUCCGACAGUCACUCCAAAUGAGACGCCAAUAGCUGCACAGGAACAGGAACCGAAUGUACAAGGAGAAAGCUGCGCUGCAGAAAGUAACACAGAGAGUGCCGUUUCCACACCAGUCCAAGCGCAAAGCACGUUGGAAGCAGAGCUGUGGAACAACCAGAUUAAUUCGCCCGCUGACCUUUCCGAUAGCGCCACAAAAUUGGCGCCUAUUAGUCCUCCACAGCCUCCAUCUGUCAGUGCAUGGAAUAAGCCUUUAACAUCUUUUGGAUCUUCUCCAUCACCUGAGGGAGUGGUUUCCAGUCCAGAGGAUACAGUUGAUCUUGUCAUUGAGGCAGGUCAAAUAGUGUCAAACAGUAGCUGCACUGCCGCUACCACUGAUGUUGCAACAGAGAGUGAGGUAAACACAACAGAAAAGGCUGCUGAGAGCAACUUGCCAGAGCCCAAAGAACAGCGACAGAAGCAGUCUCGUGCAGGUCCAAUCAAAGCUCAGAAGCUUCCAGAGUUGAGUCUAAUGGAGAGCAAAGAACAUAAACCUGGCCCCAUUGGUAAGGAGCGAUCGUUGAAGAACAGGAUAGCCAAAGACGUGCAGCAGGCUGAAGCAGAAGGAAAGGAAGAUCCCGCGGAUGUUGCUGCUGUCGGGAGUCCAGAAGAUGCAGAGACGCCAGAGGCUGAUGUGGUGGCGGAACUGGGCACUGAGGUAAAGACCAUGAUCUCCGUGCCAGCAACAGAAUUUGAAGAAAAUUCUAAGGAAUCAAUAACUGAUUACACAGCUCCAUCCUCAUCACUGCCAGAUUCAGUGUCAACUGGCAAUAGCAAAAUAGAGGAAUCGCUGGCCAGCAAUGUGCCCCUGCCCCACACCCUUCCCAUCCCCAGGAGGGAGACUCUACAACAGAGCUCCAGCCUGACACCAGUCUCUCCCGCCACUGUCGACUUCACCCUCAAGAUGGAAUGUGCGCGGAAGGCCUGGGAGAACUCGCAGAAUGUGGGAGAUAAAAGCUCUCCAGUGACCUCUACGGCAUCGUCAAUCAGCAGCGGUAAUGGAAGUAGCAGCAUCACUUACAGCUCCUACUCCAGCGCAUCCAUGCCUCCAAUCCCAGUAGCCUCCGUCACACCCACUACAUCCCUGUCAGGAUCAGGGACGUACACCACCUCCUCAUUAAGUACUAAAGCAACUUCCACCUCUGACCCACCCAAUAUUUGUAAAGUCAAACCUCAGCAACUGCAAAGCAGCAAUAUGGCCCCUGCAAGUCAUUUCUCACAGUUAGGCUGCGUAACAUCAUUGAUACCUCAACAACCAAAUCCACAGGUGUAUGUCUCCCAAGCUGCAGCAGAGCCUACAGCACAAAUCCCAACCUUUUAUAUGGAUACCAGCCAUUUGUUCAGCACACAGCAUCCUCGUUUGGCUCCUCCAACUCUGGCACAACAGCAAGGCUACCAGGCAGGGCCUUCUCAAGCGACUACAGUUCAACAGAUCUCCAUUCCUAUAUAUGCACCGAUUCCUGGCCAGCCUCAGGCUCCGCUCGGCUUAGGAGGAGGCCCUUCUGUUUCACAGGCCCAGGAAAUGUUCAGCACAUCCCUGCAACCAUUUAGGACUCAGCAGGCUUUCCUACAAAGCAACAUGUCGCAGUCAUCCCCUGUGGUCCUCUCGGGCGCUGCCUUGCACAACUUCUCGGCAGUUCAGGCCCAAGAUCUAGCCAAAGCCCAGUCGGGCCUGGCUUUUCAACAGGCAUCCAACCCACAGCCUAUCCCCAUCCUUUAUGAGCAUGCUUUAAGUCAGGGUUCUGGCCUUGGUGGAUCUCAACUUCUAGACACUCAUCUGAUACAGGGGAACUCUAAUCAGUGGCAUGUGCAGGGUCUGAGAACAGGAGAAGCUGAUGCAGGCAACUACAAUAUAUGCUACCAUACCUUUCAACAAUUUCAUAGGAAAGCAAGGCCGGGUCUAACUCAGCCGUCCAACCUUUUUGCAGGUCAGGUUCAACAACCUGGCCAAAGUAACUACUAUAGCACAGCUCAGUCACCCAAUGCUGCUCUGCAACAGGUGACAUUGCCCCUUCCAGGUUCACAGCUUUCCUUAUCCAACUUUGGAUCAGCGGGGCAACCUUUAAUUGCUUUGCCCCAAUCCAUGCAACCUCUACAACACAACCCAGCGCAGGCCCACAACCUCAGUAGGCCUGCGCAGAUGAACCAACCUUUCAGGGGGCUGAUUGCCACAGGGACGCAGGCUGGCAUGAUUUCUGCAGCGGGGAAGAUGGCAGAGAUGGAUCUAAAGCCUUAUGGAUGUAAUGUGGACGUGAAACCAGGUACCCCACCGAUCAGUGUGCGAAGUAUCACACCAACCUCCAGUCCAUUCAGAGCGAGCUCCACAAGCCCCAACAGCCAGUCUAGCAAGAUCAACAACAUGGUCUAUCAGAAACAGUUUUCUACUGCUGCUGGAGUUCGGAUAGCCCAGCCUUUCCCCCCACAAUUUCCACCACAGAUGCUUUCCCAACCUAAUCUGGUCCCUCCAUUGGUGAGACCCCACGGAAACACCUUCUCGGCUCCUGUGCAGAGACCUCCAAUGCCUCUGACAAAUCAGAUGCAAUCUCAAAUGACCACGGGUAUCAUCGUCCACAACCGUCCUCAACACAUACCAAGGGUUCCUGCAGCCCACACCCAGGGCAUCCGUGGAAACCAGGCCCAAGCUGCUAUGAUGGCUGAGCAGGAUUUGAAGGCGAAGCAGCGUGCUGAGGUACUUCAAUCCACCCACAAGUUCUUCAUCGACCAGCAGCAGCAGCAAAUCAAGCAGCCGGUGAGCAAGGCUCACAAAAGUGAGGGCAACGUGAAUAAAACCGCUGAGAGUGGGGCCGGCAUCCCGGGCUCCAGAGAGGAGAAAGUAGAGGAGAAGCCUGUCCCGGCUCAGCCCGUGGUGUCCAAGCCUGUUCGAACAGGACCAAUCAAACCUCAAGCAGUGAAGACAGAAGAAACAAAAUCCUAAGUUGCUGGUGAACGUAGUGAGUGGGUGUCAUGGGCACCGCGCGGGCAGUAAUGGGGGCUCUUCUCUGUGAGAUGGGAGCAGGAAGGUAGAGGGCUCAAUUGUGAACAUUUCUUUAACAACAAAGUGAGACGUGAAGUAGUGAAGUGAAAGCCGAACUAUCUUAAAGCGUGUAGAUUUGAACAGAUCAUAUUUUGACCAGUGGCGAAUCCUAGAUAUGUAAACUAAUCCUUUGCUGAACAUUUAGUGUUGACGUUUGAAUCUUGAAGAUUUGAAAAGGCAAUGUCUGACUUGUGACAUUUCUUUUUCUUGAGGUAAUCACUGAAACUAGGUAAACGUGGACAGGGCGGUGAAUGGAAGCUAACCCAUUUUACAGGUUUUAUGGUAAUGAAUUAAUUAAUCCUUGUUUAAAAACGUAUCAUUUAAAAAUUUUCAUGAGCUUAAUUACAGUAAGGACAAAAUAAUCUGCAUUCAAUGAAUAACAUGUAUUGAGCCUAUUAAUUUCCAAUUGUUUAUGCAAGACAUUUUAAUCACAAGUCUAAUAUUGCCUUUUUUGAUUAUAUGCUAGCAUUUUAGUUGUAGGAUGUAUUGUAUUAUACCACGUGAAUGUAAGAUAUCUUGUUUAUUUGCUUAUGAUCAAUCAUUAAUUAGUAACUGUGCCAGCCGCACAGAUGUUUUUAUUACAGAAAUGUUAACCAGGAUUGAUUUAAAAAUAGAUUCUGAUGAAGGUACAAAUCUAGAGGAUUGCUGUUAUUGGUAUACAGAAACGUUGGCACAAAGUCUGAGCUGAGAACGAUUUAUUGGUGUGUAUAUUUUUGUCACGUGGCUGGUGGCACUGGAAAGGAGACACUGAAAAAUUGCUUUCCGUCAGUCAUGUUUUGACGGUCAGUUUAAUUUGCUUUCUUUGAAAACUUGGCUGUGAUGUCUGGUUUUUGAGUUUUGUAUUCCAUCUGUACUGUGUAUUUGUUUGGCAUUGUACAGAAGUUAACAGCCAUAUUGGUAUAGAAAGAUUAUACUUUAAUUUUUUUCAUUUGUACAGGGUUAACGCACUAUUAAAUAUGUACGAUCUUAUUUACAAUUAAUUUGGUUUGGUUAUAUAACUAAUAAAAUAAGCUCUGAAAUGUU